GUAAACAAUACACGCUGUUAGCGACCGACAAGCUAACGGACAAACCCAGAGCAGUGAACCAACAAAAUGAUGCUACCGGAAGACGCUCGCAGGUCGCUGACUGCUAAACACUUCCCGGAUGCCUUCGCGCCUUUUCCGCGCUCCACGUGGCUCCACCCGCACGCCCCGUAUGACCACUUUGAUCUGGUCUGCAUACACAUCUGGAGGAAAGCGGAAGAGACCAAGGAGCAGUUUGGCAGAGGUCAAAGUUCACCCGAGAGACAGCAGAAGAGAGUCUGCAGGGCUGCAGACUACAAAUCAAGUCACCGAGCUGAGAAGCAGCAGGAAGAGACAGAUGAUUUGGGUCUGAGCACACGAUGUAAGGAGGACAAGCAGCAAUACCCCUUUGCCUUCACCCUUCCCUGCCCUUAUCCCUCGAGGCGCAGACAUCCCCAUGUUACCAAGCCUGCUCCAGUACUGACCCCUGUGAGGGAAGGAGAGAUGAAACUAAAUGAGGAGGGGGCAAAGGGGAAAAGAAACUCGGAGGAAGAUACAGCAGAUAAACAAAGGAGAGAGGGAAAUUCCCUUAAGAAGAUUUGUGUCCCCCAAUCCAGCAGAAGAAGAGACAAACAGAGCUUUGCACCUCAACCUCAACCUCUGGCGACAAAUCCUCUCUACUUUGCCACAGAGGAUGAGGAAAAUCCCCCACUUGUGUCUAAACUACCUCGGGAUACAUGUGAAAGUGAGGAUGAGAGGAAUAUAAGCAGCAGCACCGACUACGACUCCAGCGAUGACAGCGAUUGUGUAGCUCUACGUAAGGUGCGAAGUUGCGGCACUGAUAGCAGCGAUGACGAAUCAGAGAGUGAAAACAAUGACUGCGUGAAAGUGGAAAAUGAAAUUCCACAGUCGUCUGAUGAAUUAAGUUGCGACAGCGAGCUGGAUUCUCCGUCUUCUAGCACAAAGGACGACUUCCCUCCUCUAUCUAGCAUCAAGGCUGGCAUUCUACCAUGUCCCACAGAGCCUCCAGCCUCAGGGAAGAUGCAUAGCCAGUGGGAGAUUCCCCUUUCAUUCCACCCACAUGACAUCCCCACUGCCACGUUGGCAAGCGCCGUGGCCGCCCAUGCGCAGGCUCCUGUCCAAGGCAAAGCAAAAGCACCUCGGGCAAACUUAAAAAACGCACCACCAGCAGCCCCAACGCAGCAGGAGGCUUAUGACCUACUGGCUGACUUCCCUGCUCUCCAGCGCCCAGAGAUACCUUUAGCAUUGGGCGCAUUGCGUGAUGGGAAGACCAAAGGUGCAGAGGGGAAAAGAGGGCUUACUCACACACGAAUCAAACGCCAAGAGAGCAGGGCUUCCCAUCAGCGGAGGAUGGAAAAUGUGCCCCGUGAGGUCUCCCCCAUCUGUGCAGGAGAUCAGAAAUCUGUGCUGGACCUUCAAACAUUUGGCUCCACCGGCCAACGCAACUCUCCGACCAUCAGCUGUGAGGAGCUGAGCGCCAACAACCAGCUGCCUCCUCAAGUUGCAGGUACAGAUGGCGUGGAUGUUAAUGCCAGGUCCUGGGCUAGCGCUGCCAAGGCGGGCAUGAAGCAAGCAGCUGCCCCUCAGGAGAAAGCCAGACCUUGUACCUUUCAGCAGAUAGUUACCAUUAAGAGAGCCAAAGCCAGGUGUCCUGCUCCUCCCGACCUCCCCAACAAAGUGACUCCUCCCGAUCAGGCUGCUCCUCCUCCUGUGUUUCAUGGCCCUCGGCCUCGCAAGACACACCGCUUUGUCAGACCUGGUUUCACUCCUGCCCAUCAGGCCAAACUACGCAUGUGAAACACCUGCCGAUGGAGCAUCUCACUUCCAGCCUUCAAAACUACUCCGUCAUCUUCCCAGCGCGUUGUUGACGGAGGACAAACUCUAAUGAAUGCUGUUUUUGUUCUUGAGAAAUGAAGAUUGCUGGUUCUGAUUACUUUACCCAACACACAGCUGGCAGCCCUUGUGGUCUCUAGGAUACAGGGGUAAUAAGUUCGACACUUUGCAAAGUGGUACUUACAGGCAUGUAUUGAGCAGUAUCUGACAGAUUAGAGCACCUCCUCAGCCAAUCACAAUAAGCAGUCGGAAAUGUGACUGAACUGUGUUUGGGUACAUGUAUUCAGCCAUUCAUUCAAAAAGACCGGUUGAACUCUUGGCAUUUAAUUUGUGAUGUUAGUAAAAAACAUCUUAACCCAUAAGAACCCAUAGUGACACAGGUGUAACAAACAUUUUAAAUCUUCUAGAAUUUCCCAUAUACAGCUUUAUGCUUAACAUUAAUUUAUUAAAUCCCUAAGCAUGUUUUGUUCUUUAGCACCAUGUAUGUUUUCUCAAGUACACAAGUGUGUUUUUCAGUGUUCUACAGCUACAGUAGCUUAUUGAGAAGGCGUCCAAUGAGGCAGUGUUAUUUAUAUUCAUUUAUUAUUGGCUUAUUAUUAUUAUUUUGAUACUUAAAAACAAAUCUGAAAAAUCAUUUGUUGUUAAACAGCAGUAUUGAUGUCACAAUUUUGACAUAGUAUGUGGUGGAGAUGCAAAGAAAAAGGCAAAUUUGUGUGUCUGUAAGCAGAAAAUGUGCCUUCUUUAUUCAUUUUAAAAUAAGAAAUAUAAACAUAAAUACCAUAAAUGCUCAAUGUAACAUAUACGUCACAUUACAGAUCUUUGACAUUGAGGGGUAGAAUAA